UUACGAAUGCGGUAACAGGAAGCAUUAUUAAUAUUUAAAGAUAAUAUAUAAUUGAAAAAGUUAUUUAAAAUGGCUGAUCACGACAACAUGUAUGAUGAUGAGGAGUUGGUGUCAACAAAUCCCAAUCAAAGAAAUUGGCGAGGAAUUUUGAUAGCUUUACUCGUGAUUAUUGCUGUUCUAGCUUUGAUUGUUACAUCCGUGGUUGUCUUAACACCUCCUGACGAAGGUCCUCGUGUUCGUGGAACGCGAUUACGUUUAUCUGAUAUAUUAUCUGGAGAGUUAUCUCCACUUCCAUUUAAUGGUACUUGGGUAAGUAAUCGUCAUAUAUGCUAUCGUGAUCCUUGGGGUGGUAUUUCAUUAUUAGAUGCAUCUGAUCCAAAUGCGACGGCUCGCAGCCUUAUGUCGAAUGAAACUUUCCGACGUCUUAAUCCAACAACAUUUUCUCUUUCGUCAGAUCAUCGAUAUCUUCUUUUAUCUCAAAAUGUUGAGAAACUAUUUAGAUUUUCAUACCUUGCCCAAUACAUUAUUUAUGAUAUUAAUGCACGUGACGUAAUUCCUCUAACUACUAAUCCAGAAAAAUACGUUCAUCCUUACUUGUUAUACGCUCAAUGGACUCCUCGAGGUCACGGUGUUAUAAUGGUUCAAAAUUAUGAUAUUUAUUAUAAAACAAGUCCAACAUCUAAUAUUGAAUAUCGUGUAACUAAUACAGCUGUACCUGGUAUUUUAUCUAAUGGAUUUCCAGAUUGGCUUUAUGAAGAGGAAAUUCUUCAAAGUUCUCAAGCAAUCUGGAUGUCAAAAGAUGGCCAUAUGAUGUUAUAUGCAUCUUUCAAUGACUCAUUAGUUGAGGAAAUGCACAUAUCAUGGUUUGGUGCAGAAAAUAAAAACCUUUAUCCGGAAACAUUGUCUUUAAGAUAUCCUAGACCUGGUACACCGAAUCCUCAGGUGAAACUUCAUGUUGCGGAUUUGGCUGAUCCUAAAAAUAUCAACAUUAAAACUGUUAAGCCACCAGCUAUUCUUGAGCAUACCGAUCAUUAUUUCACAACUGCUUCUUGGAUUUCUUUAACCGAAGUUUCCAUAACUUGGUUAACUCGUGCUCAGAAUGUGUCGGUAAUCACCGUGUGUAAAAGUCCUUUGUGGCAUUGUCAAGAAAUCCAAAGAAUCAGUGAAAAUCGUGGUUGGGUCGACGCAUCUUCACAUCCACCACUAUUCUCAUUAAAUAGUAGUAGUUAUAUAACGAUUGCUCCUGUAAGAGAUGGUCCAGCCGGUUUUUUUAAACACAUCGUCUGGGUUAAUGUCGUUAAAAAACAAGUUGUGCCUCUCACGCAUGGACGACGUGAAGUAGUUAAAAUAUUAGCUUGGGACCAUGCUAACAAUACAAUAUAUUUUCUGGGCAUUCCAGCAGGGCGACCGGGGCAACGUCAUUUAUACAAAGUGAGUUCCGUUCUUCCAGAAGUGGGGUCAACACUCUAUCCAGCAUUUUGUAUAACAUGUCCUGCUUCUAUUAUGAGAGGAAAUAACUUAUAUACAUCUGAAAAUGACAAUAAUAUUCAUUCGGGAAUGUUGAGUCUUUCAUCAGAUUGGUCAGAAAAUAAAGACUGGAAUGAUCAAUUUAAUGAACAGGAAGAUGAUGAUAAUGAAGAUGCUAACACUCAUGAAGUAACUUCCAAUCAUAAGAACACAAAUAAAUCCAAAAAAGUCAACACAAAAAAUGAAGAAUCGUGUCAAUACCACAGUGCAAGUUUUUCACCCGGAUAUGAGUACUUUAUAUUAGAAUGUUUAGGCCCUAGCAUUCCUACAGUAUCUCUGUAUAAAACACAAUCACCACUACCGCGCUUUAUUAGUCUUCUCCAGAAUAAUACAGCGUUACGAGAGAAGAUAGCAAGGAUUGCGCUUCCACAAAUAAAAACAUUUCCAGUGCAAAUAGGUGGUGGAUAUAAUGCCCAAGUACGGUUAUAUUUACCUCCCGGGCUUAGAGAAGAUGAAAUAACACGAUAUCCAAUGGUUGUUCAAGUUUCUGGCGGACCAGGUACGCAAUUGGUCACAGACAUGUUCAAAAUUGAUUGGAAUACUUACCUUGCAAGUAGAAAAAACAUUAUUGUCGCACAAAUUGAUGGUCGAGGAAGUGGUGGGCAAGGAUAUAAAAUGCUCUAUGAAGUAUAUUAUAGACUUGGUACUGUAGAAGUUGCCGAUCAACUAGAAGUUACAGAAUAUUUGAGAGAUUCGUUACAUUUUGUUGAUAAACGCCGAGUAGCAGUUUGGGGAUGGAGUUAUGGUGGUUUUGUUGCCGCCCUUGCCUUAGCAGAACCUGAACAAGACGUUUUUCAGUGUGGAAUUAGUGUAGCUCCUGUCGUCUCAUGGAAACUAUAUAUUGUAAAGUAUUUUCCUGUCAUCUAUACUUUGCCGAACAAACCUGCUAAUUGGUAUGGUAUCUGUAUUCGCUCGAUUACCGAUGAGCAUGCGGUGAGAAGUAAUGUUUGUAAACAUUGUUUCCAUCUGACAUGUGUAAAAGUUAGAUUUGCUCUGCGUUCAAGAUCUGAUGUUGUGAAUUUUGUUGCUGAAAAGUGUCCUGUUUGUCCAACUACAUAUCCUCAGCCUGAACCCGAUUCUAAAAUAAUGCAAGAGAUAAAUGAGAAGCUAGGGUUACUUGAAGAUGUUAAAAUGCAAGUUACUAGUAUUGUUGAAAGAUUGGAUGGCUUGAAUGACUUUUGCAAAAAUUUGCGUGAAGACUAUGUCAACUUGGAAAAACGUGUUGCUGUGGUUGAAAAUGCUACUGCUGCUUCGUCGGAGAUUUAUCAUAAUUUAAACAGUGUCAAUGUAAUUCAAGAUAUUGAAGUCCGCCAGCUACUUCUAGAAACAAAACAAUUGUGUGAUGAACUUUUUGUUUCUGGAAUUUCUGAGAUGCCUUUCGAGAACUUUAGAGAUAUUGUGAUUAAUUUGGGUAAAUUUUUGGGACUUCAAGAGAUUGAUGUCAACUGUGUUUCAUCGGUGGAGCGUCUUGGCAAAAGAAGGAUAGCUGUUGCUGGAGUUGAUUCUCCGCGUUCUCGUGAUGUUCUCGUUAAGUUUGAGUGGUGUUCCAAUAAUUUAUUAAAAGUAAAUGCUUCAAAGACUAGGACGAUUAUUUUUGGUUCGCCACAGCAUGUAAAUGAUCCUGCUUGUGUUACUGCUCAGAAUAUUAUGAUUGGUGAUACAGUUACCGACUACACUAUCUCUGUUAAGUAUUUAGGUGUUAUUUUAGAUGACAUUCUUUCAUGGCAUGAUCGAGUUAUUGCAAUGUGUAAUCGAUCGAUGUACUGCCUUGCGCGAUUGAAAAUGAACACUGACUUAUUCAAUCUUCCAAUGCGAAUAAGAUUAGUUGCAGCGACAAUUUUAUCUAUUUUCGAUUACUGUACAGUGGCCUACACUGGCAUGUCAGGCACGUUACUAAAAAAGCUGCAAAGAAAAUUCAAUGCCUGCAUCAAGUUCAUUUACAAACUGGCGAGGUAUGAGCAUAUUACUCCAAGCAGAAGGUCACUUGGUUGGCUGACAUUAUCAGAUCCAUAUCCAUCCACCCAUUCAGCAUAUGCUGAAAGAUAUAUGGGUUCUCCAAAUGUAACGUCAAAUUACAAAGGAUAUGCUGAAUCCGAUGUUUUCAACAAGAUUGAGUAUCUGCGAGAAAAAAUGUUUUACUUAAUUCAAGGAACUGCAGAUGAUAGUGUGCAAUUCCAACAAUCAAUGACAUUAGCACGUCAUUUAGCUCAAAAAGAGUUAUACACCAGUCAUACAUUUCGCCGAACUUCGGCAACACUUCUUGCCGAUGCUGGUGCUAAUUUGACAACGCUAAAAAGACACGGGGAUUGGAAGUCUCAUCAAGUGACUCAGAGCUAUAUUGAAGAUUCUGUUCGUAGCAAACGACGUAUUGGUGAGAAAAUUGCCCAGGAUAUUUACAUUACUGAAGAAAAUAAUUCGUCUGAGAUCGUAUCAAAGGAAACUGAAAUGUCUGACAAAAGUAAUCUUGUUAUCAACGUAGAUCAAAUGUCUUCCGUAACUGAACCUACUGCUAGUUCAUCACAAAUGAAAAUUUGUGCUACCACUACUAAACACAACGUAUCUAAUCUUUGA